UGGAGACGGCGGGAGCAGCUGCUCAGCGGCUGAGGGAACCGGAGACCUGUUUCGUAUCCAGCGCAGUGCUGGGGAGACCGGAGUCACGAUGGGCGAAGUGGCUUCUGAGGUUCACCUGGAAAUCAAUGAUUCAAAACUCAUUUCACAAGAAGAAGCAGAUAGUCCUUCAGACAGUGGACAGGGCAGCUGUGACACAAUUGAGCCCUUGAGUGAAAGAGAUUCAGAUGAAGAGGUAUUUGUGAGUAAGAAAUUGAAAAGCAGGAAGGUGCUACAAGACAGUGAUUCUGAAAGAGAGAACACAAAUGCCUCUCCAGAGAAAACUCCCUAUGACAGUGCUGAGGAGGAAAAUAAAGAGAACUUAUAUGCUGGAAAAAAUGGGAAAGUCAGAAGGAUACACAAAACUCCGGCAGACAGUGAUGAAAGUGACAUUGAGGAGUCUUUGUAUCAGGAAAAUCUUGAAACCCAAGUGACACCUUGCUUAGAGCUGAGUCUCCAACCUGAAAACACAAUGGACUUUGCUGUUGACAGAAAGAGGUCCAAAAAACCCAUACGUGAUAAAGAAGGAAUUGGAGGAAAAAAAGUAAAAUCAAAGAGAAGACUCGAGAAAGAAGAGAAAAAGAUGGAAAAAAUUAGGCGGCUAAAAAAGAAGGAAACAAAAAAUGAGGAAGAUGAUGUGACACAGCCAUUUAAUGAUAGUGGUUGUCUCCUUGCGGAUAAUGACCUUUUUGAAACUGGGUUGGAGGAGGAAAAUAACUCUCCAUUGGAAGAUGAAGAGUCAUUAGAAUCCAUAAGGGCAGCUGUGAAAAACAAAGUAAAAAAGCACAAGAAAAAGGAACUGUCUUUGGAGAGUGGGGUCUCUUUAUUUGAAGAAGAAAGUGAGUUAUCAAAGGGCACCAUGAGGAAGGAAAGGAAGGCAGCCAAGUUAAGUAAGGAAGCAUUAAAAAAACUGCAUAGUGAAACUCAGCGCCUUAUUCGAGAGUCUGCACUUAAUCUUCCGUAUCAUAUGCCUGAGAGUAAAACCAUUCACUAUUUCUUCAAACGUAAACCCCGGCCCACUUGCCAAGGAAAUGCCAUGGCGCUACUGAAGUCAUCCAGGUAUCAAUCAAGCCAUCACAAAGAAACCCCAGACACCGCAAACAUAACUGAGAUGAUCAGUGACCCCCAUAACGAAGAUUCUGAGCAGACAACAGGUGCAGGAUCUGAAAUGGAAAUUAAUGCACUCCCUGCAGUUUCAAAGGAACCCGAGACCACUACUGGAUUAGAUGAGUCUUGCUAUAAGGAUUCGGUGGGAAGUGAAGAGUUAGGGGUUCAGGAAAAACAGAAGCAGAGUGAUGCUAGACCUUUACCUGGUGACGGGUCAGUGGCACAGCAGGAAUCUGGCUUCCUGGGGAACAAGAACAGUGAGGGGGAUCAGACUGGAGGGCCUGUGGCACCUGAACCUGAUGCCCUGGAGUUAGAAGAAGACCUGAAAAAAACAGAAGAAGCAGAUGAGAAAGUGGAAGAGCCCAGGCAACAAACUAAGUCAGCAGCAGUUGUGCCGCCUGAGAAAAUGAGGCGGUUUACUGUGGAUAGACUUAAACAGUUGGGAGUGGAUGUUUUCGUUAAACCUCGGCUGGGUGCUGAUGAAGAUUCCUUUGUGAUACUUGAAGAACCUGAAACCAACAGAGAACUGGAAGCCUUGAAGCAGCGUUUCUGGAAGCAUGCGAAUCCAGCAGCCAAACCCAGGGCCGGUCAGAAGGUAAAUGUGAACAUUGUAGUGAAAGAUGUGGGCACUGACGGAAAGGAAGAGCUGAAGGCCGAUGUGGUGCCUGUGACUUUGGCAGCUGAGAAGCUGGAUGGAGUAAGCCACACAAAGCCAGGCGAAAAGCUUCAGAUGCUGAAAGCUAAACUGCAAGAAGCAAUGAAACUCCGAAGGUUGGAGGAGCGCCAAAAGCGCCAGGCAUUGUUUAACUUAGAUAAUGAAGAUGGAUUUGAAAAAGAGGAGGAGGAGGAGGAGGAAGAAGAAAUGACUGAUGAGUCUGAGGAAGAUGGAGAAGGGGAGGAAGAGGAAAAGUUAGAAGAAGGAAAGGAGGAAGAGGAGGAAGAAGCCAAUCAGGAGGUUGCAGAAUUCCUUCUCAGUAAUGAAGAAAUAGAAAGCAAAGAUGAGAAAGAAAUGGAUAAAGAAAACAAUGAUGACAGUAGUGAAACUGGCAAGUCAGUUGGCCUUCUAUCUGUUCUCAAGCCUCUGUCAUCAGAUUCUACCUUAUUUCUAUUUAAGGACAACUCUUCCAAGAUGGAUGAAGAAAAGUCAGAAACAGAUGAAAACUCAGGCAAAAGACCUAGCAAACUGGAUGAAGAUGAUUCAUGCUCACUGCUAACAAAGGAAAGCAGCCACAAUAGCAGCUUUGAGCUGAUUGCCUCUACAAUUCCAUCCUAUCAGCCUUGCAACAGACAAACAGGCCGUGGGGCUAGUUUUCUCCCAACAGCAGCAGGAUUCAGAUCUCCUUCCCCUGGGCUCUUUCGAGCCAGUUUGGUCAGCUCAGCUUCUAAGAGUUCAGGAAAGCUGUCUGAGCCUUCACUUCCCAUAGAGGAUUCCCAGGAUCUGUAUAACGCCUCCCCAGAGCCCAAGACACUUUUCCUAGGAGCAGGAGACUUCCAGUUCUGUUUAGAAGAUGACACUCAGAGCCAACUGUUGGAUGCAGAUGGGUUCUUAAAUGUUAGAAACCACAGGAACCAGUACCAAGCUUUGAAGCCUCGAUUGCCAUUGGCCAGUAUGGAUGAGAAUGCCAUGGACGCCAACAUGGAUGAGCUGUUGGAUUUGUGUACUGGAAAGUUCACAUCUCAGGCUGAAAAAGCUCUGCCCAGGAAGAGCGACAAGAAAGAGAACAUGGAGGAACUUUUGAAUCUUUGUUCAGGAAAAUUCACUUCUCAGGUUGCCUCCACCCUGGCUCCAUCGGAGUUAAAUAAGCAGGAGAAGGAAGGCAGCAUAGGUGAUCCAAUGGAAGAAGCACUUGCUCUUUGUUCAGGCUCUUUCCCAACAGACAGGGAAGAAGAAGGUGAAGAGGAGGAAUUUGGAGACUUUCGGCUUGUCCCAAAUGAUGAGUUUGAUAGUGAUCAGGAUGAACUCAGUGACUCUGAUAAUGAAGAUGUGGCACUGGAAGACGACAGAGGUGACGAUGAAGAAGAGCUCUUGAGGCAAUCUGAGAAAUUGAAAAGGCAAAUGCGAUUGCAGAAAUACCUGGAAGAUGAGGCAGAGGUGUCAGGGAGUGAUGUGGGAAGUGAAGACGAGUAUGAUGGGGAAGAAAUUAAUGAAUACGAAGAGGAUGUAAUUGAUGAAGUACUUCCUUCAGAUGAGGAACUGCAGAGUCAAAUCAAGAAAAUACACAUGAAAACGAUGUUGGAUGAUGAUAAGCGACAGCUCCGUUUGUACCAGGAGAGGUACCUUGCUGAUGGGGAUCUGCACAGUGAUGGUCCUGGGCGCAUGAGGAAAUUCCGAUGGAAAAACCUAGAUGAUGCUUCCCAGAUGGACUUGUUCCACAGAGACUCUGAUGAUGAACAGAUCGAAGAACAGCUUGAUGAGACAGAAGCCAGAUGGAGGAAGGAGCGAAUUGAACGAGAGCAGUGGCUUCGGGACCAGGCACAGCAGGGGAAAAUUGCAGCAGAAGACGAAGAAGAAAUUGGGGAAGACAGUCAGUUUAUGAUGCUGGCCAAGAAAGUUACAGCCAAAGCGCUGCAGAAAAAUGCCAAUCGCCCUGUGGUUGUUGAAGAACCAAAGUCUUUACUCAUAAAUCCUUUUGAAGCCAUCAGACCGGGAAGUGCCCACCAGCUGAAGACAGGCUCACUGCUAAACCAGCCCAAAGCUGUGCUGCAGAAACUGGCCGCCCUCUCUGACCUCAACCCCAGUGCUCCCCGAAAUUCAAGAAACUUUGUCUUCCACACACUUUCUCCUGUCAAGGCUGAGGCAGCAAAGGAAUCGUCUAAGCCGCGGGUGAGGAGAAAGGGUCCAUCUGUAAUGAAAACUCCUUCACCUAAGCGCCUCAAAACAGGUGAUAGUGCUUCAGGAUCGAAGCAAAGCAUCUUUAGAUACUUGGAAAGCUAACAUCAUCAAGGGUGCCAGCACCUACACUGAAACUGCGUUGAGAAGUUUCUGGCAUUGAAAGUUGGAAUUGAUGCUCACGUGGAUGAUUCUGCCCUUCCUUCAACAUCAGUGCAUUAAGAUGGCUGACAGAGAUUCCAGUUCUUUCCUCUGCAUGGCUCUGGAUGGCUCUUUCCUUUCCUAGUAGUAUUCCCCGGGUUGGCCAUGAAUCUUAACUCUGCAGUGUUUACAACAUUGACUCGUGGGACACUUGGGUGAAGACUUACUUCCUCCAUUAAACAUUUGACAUUUUAUCCUAACAGCUUCCUGAGUUGAUACCUCUUUGUGAAAGGAGUGGUAAGAGGAGGAGGAGGAAACAGUGGGGCGUUGCAGAAAAUUACAGAAAGGAGUGACUGUUAAUACCAGCCUGACUCCUUCACACCCCGAAGUUCCGCACCAUGGUGACCAGGACUCAGUGAAAGAGAGACUUCUUAGGCAGAGGACCAGGGAACCACACGAUUGGCUGUUUUAUUAGUCUUGCCCCUUCCAUUUUCUUGCACGCCUCUUCCCAAGACAGCCCCAAGUUCCCAAUUAACCUUUGCUUCCUUUAUAAUAAGGACUCAAACUGGUACCCAAGUCAGAAAGACCUGGGCCCCAAUUUUCUGGACUGUGAGGAUAAAGAUAAAGGGUUACAGCUUGUGUCUGUCCACAUGAGCUAUCCCAAGGGGCAGAGAACUCUCUCCUGGGACUGAAUUUUGAUUUGAAACACUAUUGCUCAAGGACCUCCCUUCUCUUCCUGACAAAAAGGAAUAUAACCAUUAUUUAUUAUUGCAUUCAAAUGGGUGGAGUACAUUACCCUAACCAGUCAGAGGACAAUUGAAUGCUUUAUUACUUAUUUUGAGAGAAGACCAUGAUGGACUUUAAUCAAAAUAUUAUUAAGAGAAUUGCUAUCAUUCCUGAGUUUCCUUAAACUACCAUGAGGCACUCAGAUGUUAGACAGGAUUUUUUUUGUUUUGCCCUCAGAACUGAGCAUCAUUGCUGCUUUGGAAAAACAGUCCAUGUAAACAAUGUGGUUUCACUGUCAGGAGCUGGGCUUGGGAAGUUGGAUGAAUUGUACCAGUUCGUUUUAUUGGCAGAUGGGGGACACCAAUUUAAUUGAUGAAAUGAGGGUAUAGAUUUUCUCCAGUUGUUGCUAACACACAAGAUGCUGACUUGGACAGAAUUUACAUUUGUAUAUUUGUAAUCUUGUAAUGAGAAAAAUGUAUAUAAAGAUGUUUUAAUAUGUAUGUAGUUUUUCAAUAAAUCUCAAUGCCUUGA